AGACAGGAAAGUUAUGUAUAUCGAUAAAAACGAAAGGACGCUUCAACGGCAAUAAAUUUGCAAGGCGCUCCAUGUCGAAGGUAGAAGCAGUGCUUUCAGGUAGUAACAACGGAAAGCUGUCAGAGUGAUUUUGGGAUUUUAUUAAACGUGGUUAUAAUAACAAUAAUAUAGUUUGUGAUGUGUUUAUGAGAUCACUGAAAACAGUUGUGAUUGCAAACAGUAUUAUUAUUAAGAGCAAGGAAAGAAACUUGUUAAUAUUAACAUGUCUUCCCUCCAAAAGUCGAUUUUAAAAUCAAAAUUACCACCAUCAGGUGUGAACUUUGGAGUCAGCUCUGGGGUUACUAAGUCUAAAGGGUUUCAACGUAAGAGAGAUUAUGAUCCAGUGCAGUGGAUGCCAUAUUUUGAUCAGUCUGAGGAUGUAGAAAUAGGAAAUAAUACAUUUCAUAUUUAUACUAAAGGUUCUGAAGAACCGACAUUAGUAUUACUACAUGGAGGUGGAUAUAGUGCGUUGACAUGGGCAGAAUUCACUAAAUCUAUCAUGACUAUGAUAAUCUGUAAAGUUAUGGCAAUUGAUCUUAGAGGACAUGGAGAUACACAUACAACAAACGAGGAAGACCUAUCUGGAGAUACUCUAGCAGAGGAUGUUGCAGCAGUUGUACAAGCAACAUUAGGCAACAGUCCUGUAAUUCUAGUAGGACAUAGUAUGGGUGGUGCAGUAGCUGUUAGGGCUGCACCUUUAAUCUCAAACUUAUCUGGAUUAGGUGUUAUUGAUGUUGUUGAAGGAACUGCAAUGGAUGCUUUAGCAUCUAUGCAAAGCUUCCUCAGAUCUCGGCCAUCUAGUUUUAGUUCUAUUUCACAGGCAAUAGAAUGGUGUGUACGAAGUGGCCAAAUCCGUAAUGUACAAUCAGCUAAGGUGUCAGUUCCUGGACAAAUCAAAAACAUCGAAACAAACAAAUUAGCGACUCACGAUAUCGAUUCUCUGUCACAAUCAACGUGUCAGUGUAAUUCUGAAACUUCGAUUCCGCGAGAGGAUAUUAUCCAAGAAGAAGAACCUGUCAAUAUGCCACCGCCACCUCCACCUACCACUGCCACUACUACCAGAAAAUAUGUUUGGAGAAUAGAUUUAUCCAAAACUGAGCAGCAUUGGUUUGGGUGGUUUAAGGGUUUGUCAACAGCGUUCUUGAAUGUACCCGUUCCGAAGGUACUAUUACUAGCCGGAGUCGAUAGAUUAGAUCGAGAACUUACCGUUGGUCAGAUGCAAGGUAAAUUUCAGAUGCAAGUAUUACCAGCAUGUGGACACGCGGUGCACGAGGAUGUUCCAGAUAAAGUAGCAGAGGCAAUUGCUACUUUUAUGGUUAGACAUAAAUUUGCCGAGCCAGCAUCGGACUUUCCACGAACUUUUCCUGCAUGUUAGGUUGAUAUGGAAGGAUAUUAUAAGCAAUUUUAUUAACAAUAUAAUUAUGAAAAAUUUAAUGAAUUAGUUAAAAUGAGCAUUUUAUUUAU